AAAGUACAUCCGUUAAACCGUUGUAAUAAAAUCAUGAACAGCCCUUCACGUGAGAAGAACAUAUCCGGGGUAUGUUUUGAGUCACCGAGUGGUUAACCAGUGAGAAUGGCCAGCCAGCCAGUGGAAAUUUGAGUUGAAAGCCAACACAGAAAAAAAUAAGGGAAACUUGUUUGUUGAGUUGUUGUACCUGUCCCUUCUUUUUUUAUUUUUUGUCUAACCAUGGUCGUCGAAGCUGAAGCUGCCCUGGCCAACGUAUCGGAUCACUACAAGCGUUUGUUCCAAAAGCACGCUUCCAAGGAACUGAAUGGAGAUCACUUUAUGACCAAGGAUGAUUUCUUAGAUGCCGUUGCCCCUGGAGAGGAUUUCAAAAAGAUUGAGCGAAACCAGUUUGCUCUUUUGUUUCGUUUGGCUGACAAAGGUGAAAAGGGUUACUUGUCGUUUAACGAUUUCAUAAUCUUCCAAAAUCUCUUGUCCAAGCCUGAUGCCGAGUACGAGAUUGCCUUCAAGCUGUUUGAUAGCCACGGCUCCGGCAAGAUUACCUUUGACCAGUUCAAGCAGGUCUUGUCGUCCAACUUGCCACCCGAAGCUGUCCCCUUUGAUUUCGAUUGCGACUGGCUCAAACUUUAUAUUGGAAACAAGGAAGGUCAUCACGAACUUACCUAUGCCGAGUUCACACAAUUGUUGAAGGGUCUUCAAGGCGAGCGCCUUCGCCAAGAGUUCAAGCACUAUGACCAGAAACAAACUGGCUAUAUUGAACCAGACCACUUUAAGCAGAUUAUUCUCGACAUCGCGAAGCAUAAGCUGUCGGAUACCGUUAUCGAACAGCUUCCGACCUUGUGCAACCUCUACGCUGGCAACAAAAUCACUUUCUCCAAUGUCGUUGCUUUCCACAACGUUGUUCGUUCCAUGGACAUGGUUGAAUCCAUCAUUCGAAAGGCGGUGAAGUCCAGCCCUGACCACAAGAUUACCAAGCAAGACUUUUUGCAUCAGGCCGCUCAUUCCAGUCGUUACUCUUUAUUCACUCCUAUGGAAGCAGAUAUCAUUUUCCAUUUUGCUGGGGUUAAUAACUCCUCUGGUCGUCUGUCUCUUGAGGACUUCGCUCAGAUCUUGGACCCACGUUGGAAGAUACCCGAACAACUGCCAAGCCAAGUUCACCUUGGGCAGGGAGAUCAGAAGAAGAAGCACGGAUUUGGCUGGGAGGUGAUAGAGAGUGCAUAUGCAUUUACCUUGGGUGCUAUUGCUGGUGCUGUCGGAGCCACUGCUGUAUACCCCAUUGACUUAGUCAAGACCCGCAUGCAAAACCAACGUUCCAAGGUGGUUGGUGAACUGCUGUACAAGAACAGCAUUGAUUGCUUCAAGAAAGUCAUUAAGAAUGAAGGCUUCCUUGGUCUUUACCGUGGUCUUGGUCCUCAACUUGUGGGUGUUGCUCCCGAGAAAGCCAUCAAGUUGACGGUCAAUGAUCUCAUGCGCGGCAAGCUGAAGAACAAGGAGACUGGUGAAAUUAAGUUCUGGCAUGAAAUGGUUGCUGGUGGUACCGCUGGUGCCUCUCAAGUUGUGUUCACAAAUCCUUUGGAAAUUGUCAAGAUUCGACUUCAAAUUCAGGGUGAACAAGCAAAGAACUUGGAUGUGCCCAAGCGAUCGGCCAUUUGGAUUGUAAAGAAUUUGGGUGUGGUUGGUCUUUACAAGGGAGCCACUGCAUGUUUGUUGCGUGAUGUUCCUUUCUCUGCCAUCUACUUCCCUGCCUAUGCGCACUUGAAGAAGGACAUCUUCCAUGAAGGCCCUGACCACAAACUCACCAUUGGUGAGCUGCUCACAGCGGGUGCUAUUGCCGGUAUGCCUGCCGCAUACUUCACAACUCCUGCCGAUGUGAUCAAGACGAGAUUGCAGGUCGAAGCUCGAAAAGGUCAAACAUCGUAUAACGGCAUUGCCGACGCAGCUAGGAAGAUUUAUGCCGAAGAAGGCUUCAAGGCUUUCUUCAAGGGUGGACCUGCCAGAAUUUUCCGUAGCUCACCUCAAUUUGGUGUCACCUUGACUGUAUACGAAUUGUUGCACACUUGGCUCCCACUGCCCGGAGCUGAGACAGCCGGCACGACGACGACUGCUACCAAAUCAUCAGACGAUUACAAUAACAUGGGCUUGUUGCGAUCUAGAAAUGCUCUCAAGAUGCUGUUAGACUUGGAUUACCGGUUUGGCGUUUAUAGACUGCCCAACACCACUGCCAACGCUCCCACUGAGAGUGCAUAGAAAAUUACAUACGAAUACAACUGAUAGAAGACGCUGAUAGUUGGUCUAUGCAAGAGUUAAACCCUCCCCCCCCCCAAAAAAAAAUAUGAGAACUGCUGUCAGUUAUAUUAAAAACCUUCAUUCACCCACCUAGAAAA